AUGGAAGGAACACAACAACAGUAUGACCAACAAUAUUAUGAUGAAAACUAUAGCUAUGAUCAACAAUACUACGAUGACCAACAACAAUAUUAUGAUGAUAGCCAAUAUGAUCAACAGUAUUAUGACCAACAAUAUGACCAACAACAAUAUGACCAACAAUACUAUGAUGAAAAUACAAAUAAUAGUAAUGAACAAUAUUAUGAUGAUACUAGCUCAAAUAUUACAUCAUCCAACUCCACACCUAUAGUAGAUGCAUCAUCCACAAAUACAACACCUCAUUCAUCAACAACCAUUACAUUAGAAACGAUAAUACAAUAUGAUACCGAAACUGUAAAUUAUGAAGAAGAACAAAUCUAUUUAAGCCUAUCACAUAGAAGCAAAUGUAUUUUUGAAAUUUUUACAUCUGAAAAAUCAUUAUUGUCACAUUUAAAUCAUUUUAUACAUGUAACCAUCAAACUAAAAUCCAAUAUAACCCUAUAUUUUUAUUUAGAAGGAUGUAGACAACAACAAGCUUUAGAUAAUAGUACUAUAUUAGAAAUUUUUUCAAAUAUUGAACAAAUUCGAGAUUUUUGUAUUGAAAUAAUAGGAGAGAUGAAAAAGAAAUUUCAAGAGGGAUCAGAAGAUAUUGCAUCAGUAUUUUUAUCAAAAGAGAAAAAAAUUAAAGAAUUGUUUAUACCCUAUAGUUUUAAUCAUUCAAAUUUAGUAGAGAAUCUUAGCAAAAUCACCGAAAAAAAGCCAUUAUUCUCACACUUUUUACAAUCAGUGAAAGAGAAUCCUCUAAAUGGUAGUAGAUUAGAUUUACCCUCAUUCUUAAUUAUGCCAGUUCAACGUAUGGUACGUUAUCAAUUACUAUUUAAUGAAGUUGUAAAACAAACAGAUAAAUCACAUCCAGACUAUACCCUUUAUGAAAAAGCAACCCAACUAGCAGCAUCAAUAACAAGGUCAAUAAAUGAAAAAAUUAGACAUCAUCAAAAUUUUUUAAAAGUUGAACAAAUUCAAGCAAAUUUAGUUGGCGGACCAAAAAUUACAACCAACACUAGAUUAUUUGUUAGAGAAGGUGGAUUAAUGAAAGUUUGUAGAAAAGAGGAUAAAUUUAGAUGGUUCUUUUUAUUUUCAGAUGCCUUAAUGUAUUGUACUUCAACCAAUUUACAACAACAGCAGCAACAAUUGGAUGCAAAUGGAAUACCCCUUAAAUUUCAACCACCACCAAAUUCAGCAAAUCAUUCUUUCACAUUUCAUAGAUUACUACUAUUAAAGGAUAUCAAUAAGAUUAAAGAUGUUAAAGAUCGUGACAAUCAAAAAAAUGCUUUUCAAAUUGUUUCUUCAACUGAAAAAUCAUUUACAGUAUAUUGCGAAACCUUAAAAGAAAAAAUGAAUUGGUUAAACGAUUUUAAAGAACUAUUAGAUAACAGCAGAAUCGAAACAAGUAAAGGUGCCUAUGAUCAUAAUUUAAAUUCUGAAGAAGUUCCAGUUUGGAUACCUGAUAAAGAAGCUGUAAAAUGUAUGUUUUGUAAUGAUGUUUUUACACUUAUUAAUAGAAGACAUCAUUGCAGAAAUUGUGGUAAAGUUGUUUGCGGUAGUUGUAGUCCGCAUAAGAGGUUAAUAUCAAAUGUAAAAAAGAAUAAACCAGUUAGAGUGUGUUUAUUUUGUUAUGACUAUAUAGGUAUUAGUGAAAAAGAGCAUACCUCAACUGCCUCAACCUCAUCAAGCUCAUCAUCAUCCCCUCAAUCAGGUAGAAAUCAUAUAGAAAGAUUAAACUCAAUAUUUAUGGAAAAAAAAAGAUCAAAUUCAUUUAGUAGCUUUGAUAUAGACCCAUCAGGUUCAAAAGAACACUCAUCAACAUCAUCAAUUCAAAAUCAUCAUUUAUCAAACACUGAUAAUAUACCAAACUCAUCAGCUGGUCUAUCAAAUAAAGAACACUAUAGCACAUUUAGAAAAUUAAAAAAUAAAAUUUCAACUAAAGAAAAAGAAAAAGAAAAAGAAAAGGAAAAGGAAAAGGAAAAAGAAUUAAAUAGAUCCCAAUCUGAUCUCCAUCUUGGAGCCUCGUUAAAUAGACCAAUAAGAGGUGUUCCAUUACCAACUACACUAAGCCAUGGUAAUUUGAGACCAAUGAUACCCAUAACGACUCCAGUAGUAUUAAAAAAUAUAAACAGUAAUAAUAAUAGCGAACAAAAAUAUCAAUCACCAGAAUUUCAACCUCAAAGAUUUCAAAAGCCUCCACCUGUAUUUGUUUCGAACCCAAAUACAAACACCAAUGCUAAUAAUAACAAUUUAAAACCUGUAAAUUCACAACCAGUUCAACAAACAUUACAACCAAUUAGAAAGCCAAUUAGAGCAAACUCACAACCAGCAGCACCAGAAGCUUCAGCCUUUAAACCUUUACCACAAUCAACAAAUCCAUCAUCACACCCAUUGGGAAAAUCAACACCAAUUUUACCUCCAUCAGCCCCAAAAUCUAGACCACCCCCACCAAGAAACAAUGUAGAUCCAGAUAUAACUAAAACCGAAAACCAUGUAAAUAAUAAUAUAAACAAACCCCAAAGACCAUUACCAACCCAAAGAACCAACUCUGAAAACAAUCUUAAUAAUGAUGAUAACAAUAUUAAUAGUCAAAUGCAAGAUUUGGAAAUUAAACAGGCCCCAAAAUUAGUAAACUCUAUACCCCAUAAACCAGCAGCACCUUUUAGAAAAAGAUCAUCUACCACCAGUGCUGAAACUACACUCAUUUUAAAUCAUAUUCAACAACACCAACAACAACAAACCAAUCAUGUAUCUAGGCCUUUACCUACCCCUUUACCUCACCAUCAACCACCAAAUCACCCAUUACCACCAAUCCCAAAUCACCCAUUGCCCCAAACACCAAAGCCAUCACCAAACGCCACCAAUAAUGUACAUAAUGAACAACAUCCCACAGCGCCAGUAGCAAAAAGAAGACCAUUACCAACCCCUCCAUUACACUAA